CAGCAUUGAGAGCCUCCACAUCCUUCCAUCCCGGAAGAAACGCCGCAGCAAUGACGCGCGCCAGCCUCCGCGCUGAGAGAGUGCCCAGAGGGUGCUGGCAGAUUCUCCUCCUGCUGAGUGUAGCAGGAGGCUUCACCACAUCUGGCAGUUUUUUGCUGAGGCCAUUAUGGCCAUCUCCACGAAAUGUCCGAGUUGCGUGCAGAGCGCAGGAAAGCAAUGGGCCCCGCAUGUACUAUCCGGAGGAUCGCGGCACGGCGAAGGGUGGUGCCUUUUGGGGCCGCUCCACCGAGGAGCAGUGGGGCGAGUUUGCCAGUGGCGAGGCCGGAAGCUUCGACAAGGAUGACCUGGUCGAGGGGAAGUAUCCAGGCACAGAGGACUGGUACUGCGCCCAGGUGAUGAAAUACAUCGGGCAGGGCGAUUGGAUUGUGAUGUGGGUCGAUGACAUGCCGGAUGACAGUGCCAAAGCUUCAGUCCUUAAGACGGAUGAGAUGAAGCACCUGAAGUUCACUCCCGUGACGGGAUGAAGUCCGUCCGGGUGGCCGCCCCAACCUCCUCUGGGCUUGGCUUGUUGCUUGUUGCGAGGCC